AUGUCGAAGAAAUAUCUUGGUAAUAUUGAUGAGGCCGCCGAUUCGUAUUUCAAUGAUACUCCUCUGUCAGAAUGGUCAUACUUAGGUUUCUUAGAAGCGUUGAAACCAGUAUGGAUGUCCAGUGCUCGAGAUGUGACAAUUGCUGAGAACUCAUCCUUACGAAAGCGAUUUUGUAAUAUCCUAAAAAGAAUCCUUUCUGAGGAACAAGAAAAUGAGAAGGGUGGAGUUGCGACUUUAUUAUUACAAUCGGUGCGUAAUCUUUUAUGUCUUUCUUUUCUGAAUCAGGAGUUGCACAGCCUUGAAGGGGUGCCAUUCCUACUUCAAGAAGGUACCUCCCAAGAAGAUUUAUCAAACUCUGUGACCGAAACCUUAAUUACUUUUGGAAAACUCAAAUUUCCAACGUAUUACGACAAACUCAAAACUAUACAGAACACCAGCAAUGUUGAGGCAAAUUAUUAUGUUAUUGCUAUGGGAGAUAAGGAUACAUUAAAUCAGGCAUGUAGUUACAUGGAAUUGUUUGAUAAGAUUGUGGAAGAGGAGGGUUGUGAUGAUUUAGUUUAUGAUGAUCAGACAGAAGAUAUGGAAGGCGAUAAUAAUAUCAAUAAAUACACAACUAAUUUUAGAAACAUUGAAGAGUUUGAGAAAGUUAUCGCUAAAAUAGAGGAGAAAAUGCAUCGAUUGG